GACCGUAAUAACAGAAUGCGAGUGUGGUUAUUGCAGAUUACGGAGGUUAGGCGUUAUUUACUGCGUUAUUAAAUAGGCUGAAACUAUAUAUUCCCGUAACAAUCAGAGACUCGUGUGGCUUCUCAAAGCAACCAGGAACAGAAUUACAAAGGUUUCUUUACUAGCCUGCUGCAACAUGUACAGCGGACUACUGCCUAAGGGAAUUUGUGAGGCUGAAUUAAGUACCGAUGAAGACGAUGAUGGUGUCCCAAACACUCAAAGUAAAACUGACGGACAGUCCGAUUCGCCUACCAAACUUAACCACUACUUAUCGCUGUCUCAGUCUGUUCUGUCAUCAGCAUCACAGAAAAAGACAGAUUGUGAUGGCUGUUGUACUGUAGCGAAUGUGCAAAAUGAUCCAUCUUUGAAGGACUGUUUACCCGGAGUUCGUCUAGAUUUGUGGCAGAAAUUUAAAGUAAUUCAGAAGGAAAAAGAAGUCCAGAAGACGAAACAACCUCAGCCAAAAAAAAGGAGGAAAAAACACCACCAAAAAGGUGGGGCUGAAGAACAGGAUGAUUCUGAGAAGAGGGAAAAGGCUCGUAUGAAACACUGGGAGGAACUAACAGAGUAUUUUGGCAUCAAUGACAGAUUUCAGCCCCCUGCCUGUGGUAGGCUACCUCUCAAGUCAAGUCUGGAAAAGAGCAUGGAGAGCGCCAUUGCUGAAGGGGACUAUGGGAAGGCUGAAGAGCUGAGUGACAGGCUGGCUUCUCGCGAGCUGGCUGUGAAAAUCACAGAGGCUGCUGGCUGUCGUGACUUCGCCCGCACCAAGCAGGAAGAGGCUUCACAUGCGGCCCAAAAAAGGAGAGGCCUGGUAGCUUGGGGUUUUGAAGCAAAGAAAAGAUGGGAAACGAAAAGCAACAUGGGCUACAUGUAACAUUUUCACAUGAAACAGGAGGAUUUUCUGCUGACAAGGGUGAUUGUUAAUGACCUCUAAUAAUAAAAAAACAUAAUAUCUGCUUUCAAUGGUAACUGAACUGUAUGUGUUUGCUUGUUAUUUAAAAUACUUUAACCUGAAUAAACAAUAAAUCUUACCAUUGCA